AUGACCGCCAUUAACAACUCUUGCCAGUUUCACGGUCGUGAUGAUGAGGAUGCGCCUGCAUAUAUCAACCGUCUCACCUGUGUGUUUAGCACCUUCGGCAUUGAAGGUGUUAAUCUUGAUACCCGCUAUCUCCAAGUCUUCCCUUUUUCGCUUGCUGGCCGCGCAGCCACAUGGCUCGAUUCGCAGCCAGCAGGUACUUAUACUACUUGGGCCGGACUUAGAGAUGCCUUCCUUGCUAAGUAUUUCCCACCUGCGAAGGCCUCUCACCUUCGAGAUCAAAUCCAUUCAUUCAGAAUGGAGCCUGACAAACCAUAUCACUUAGCAUGGGAGAGGUUUCAAACUUUACUCUCGCGUUGUUCCCAACAUGGGCUGUCGGAUUGGGCUUUAGAAGAAAAGUUUUAUAAUGGUCUCACCCCUGAGUGUAAGGCCCGAUUUGACACAUCUGCAGGAGGCCAUCUAAUGGGAAAGAAAAUUGUGGCUGACUGCAAUGAUCUCUUUGAGAGCUUCGCUCAUGCUGAUAUAAAUCAUAGUGUUACCAGCAGGAAUUCCAAUCCUGUGAAUACUUCCUCAUCUUCUAGGGGAGUAAACCAAGUCGUCUCUGACUCAAAGGUAGCAUCACAGCUUGACUAUAUCACCAAAGAGUUGCUAGAAAUUAAGAAGAAGGUCGAUAGGUGCGAAGUUUGUAGUGGUGGUCAUGACACUAUAGAUUGCCCAACACUUACCCUAGAACAGGUAGAGUAUAUAGCAGGUCAAAAUAGGGGUCCAACUAAUCCGUUCAAUAUAGUAACUCCAAUUGGCGUGCUAAUAGUUAUCGCUCUUCAGUUGCAAGAACGACCUCCCAGUCAAUUUUCAGGAAACACAAAGCCCAACCCAUCGGGCACUUUGAAGUCAAUUUCGACCCGUAGUGGUAGGACCUUAGGAGAGGUAGUGAGACCCGAGAGUGUUGAGAUAGAAGAUGAGGAGCCCGUAGAUGAAGAGAUUGAAAUCGAGGCUCCCGGUAAAGUGCAACCUAGGUUAAUCCCAACAAGUACCGCACACACUAGGGGGCCUUCAAAUGAGAAGAGUAUAGGAAGAAGGCCCAUUCAAGUUGUUCCAUCACCCAAUGUUGAUAUUUCCCGUGCUCCAUUUCCUUCCCGUCUUAAAAACCAAACCUAUUCCAAAGAGUACGGGAAAUUUUUAGAGAUCUUUAAGCAACUUAGAAUCAACCUUCCUUUCAUAGAAGCCCUUCAAUCAAUGCCUAAAUAUGCAAAAUUUUUAAAGGAUCUUCUAAAACGUAAGGAUAGGCUAGGAGAGGUUUCUAACAUCCCCCUUAGUGGAGGGUGUUCCGCCGUAGUCUUGAACAAGGUCCUGGAAAAAUUGACGGAUCUGUGCCUCUUUACCAUCCCGUGCUUGUUUGGGAGUGAUACCGAGUGUAGGGCCCUAGCCGAUCUAGGAGCGAGUAUAAACCUAAUGCCAUGUUCCAUGUACGAGAGGUUAGGUCUAGGAGAGUUAUCCCCUACACGUAUGUCGUUGUCUCUAGCCGAUAGGUCAGUGAAGUAUCCACGUGGCAUAAUUGAAAACAUUCUAGUCAAAGUGGAUAAAUUUGUCUUUCCCGUAGACUUUGUCGUUCUUGAUAUGGAAGCCGACGAGAAGGUUCCUAUCAUUCUAGGACGCCCAUUCUUGUGUACCGCCAAGGCUAUCAUCGAUGUCUUCGACGGGAAAAUCACACUCCAAGUCGGUGAGGAGAGAGUUACUUUCGAGAUAGCACGCUCCAUGGAACAUCCUAGUGGUUCCGAUGAUCUUAGUAGCCCUUGUCAUUCGUUCUAUUUCAUAGAUGGAGCCGAUUUAGUUGAGAGUAAGUUAGAUGAGGUAGUUGAGAAGGUAGAGGAGGUAGUGAGUGAGAGUGAGGAAGUAGAAGAGAACGAGUGGGUCCCUGAAGUGCUAGAAUUGAGUGAGGUCAAAAGUGAGUUUGAGAGUACACCUAUAGAGAAACCUGCCCCAUUAGAACUCAAAGUUCUCCCAUCCCACUUAGGGUACGCUUUCUUAGGUGAGGGGUCCGAGUUUCCCGUCAUUAUUUCGUCUUAG